AUGCUCAUAAAAAGAAAACGACAGGUGAGUGCGGUCAGCAAAGAAACAAAUAAAAUAUGGGAGAAAAAAAAAGAAAAAAUAAUAAUAACAAGAAUUCACCCACCGCCCAAUAAAGAAAAAGGGCUCGUCUUGCACCACACGGACGGAGAGGGAGACUGCUGCACGGAACACGCUGCGAGGCACGUGUGCGAGCACGUCACUUCAGUCGUACACCCCACACGCAGACCACACACGACGGCGCUGCUUUCCCUCUUUGUUCUUGAGCUCAUUCGUCGAGCGUCGCGUUUUCAGCCAAAGUUGUCUUUGAUUGAUAUUUCUUGCUGCUGA